AUGGCUGGUGGCCAGCUGAACCAGGAGCGAAUGCGCGUGCAGACGCUGCGAUCGCGGCUGACGCACAUGGAGAAUCAGUACCACGCAACGCUCGACCGCAUCUCCGACUCAACCCUCAUCCCCGCGCACCGCACAUUCACCGAAUCAGACGGCGCAGACGACCCCGUCACCAUGUCCUGCCUGCCCUUCGGGGGCGGCGGCGGUGGCCGGCCGAAGCAGCUGCCGGCACCUGCCGCCUCGCGCGCUGUGCCCGCUGCGCCCAGCCCCAGCUUCCCUCACAGCGGCCCCUCCUCCCCGAGUGUAUCCUCCAGUGCUGGAGGGGUGACGGAGGGUGCCGGGAUGGCAGAUGUGGCAGUGUAUGGAGGGGUGGGCGAGCAGCGUGAGAUGGCAGUGCUGCCUGUGUCCACGGCAGUGUCCGUGGGGUGA